CGAGGCGGGAAACGCUGGACGUAGCUGCUGAUUGGCUGGCUGGGGCGCAGCUUGAUGGCGUCGGGCUGGCGAGCAGAGGUCCUGGCAGUGGCCCGCGGGCGACGGUUGCCGGUGUGAGGGGGCCCGUGGUCAGAGCGUGCUGUGGCCUCGGGGAGUGGGAAGUGGAGGCACGAGCCCUCCUUAUACUUCGCCAUGAGUUUCCUGAUCGACUCCAGCAUCAUGAUUACCUCCCAGAUACUUUUCUUUGGAUUUGGGUGGCUUUUUUUCAUGCGACAACUGUUUAAGGACUACGAGGUGCGUCAGUAUGUGGUACAGGUGAUCUUCUCUGUGACUUUUGCAUUUUCUUGCACCAUGUUUGAGCUCAUCAUCUUUGAAAUCUUAGGAGUAUUGAAUAGCAGCUCCCGUUAUUUUCACUGGAAAAUGAACCUGUGUGUAAUUCUGUUGAUCCUGGUUUUCAUGGUGCCUUUUUACAUUGGCUAUUUUAUUGUGAGCAACAUCCGACUAUUGCAUAAACAGCGACUGCUUUUUUCCUGUCUGUUAUGGUUGACCUUUAUGUAUUUCUUCUGGAAACUAGGAGAUCCAUUUCCCAUUCUCAGCCCAAAACAUGGGAUCUUGUCCAUAGAACAACUCAUCAGCCGGGUAGGUGUGAUUGGGGUGACUCUCAUGGCUCUUCUUUCUGGAUUUGGUGCUGUCAACUGCCCAUAUACUUACCUGUCCUACUUCCUCAGGAAUGUGACUGACACAGAUAUUGUAGCCCUGGAACGGCGACUACUCCAAACCAUGGAUAUGAUCAUAAGCAAAAAGAAAAGGAUGGCAGUGACACGGAGGACUAUGUUCCAGAAGGGGGAGGUGCAUAACAAACCAUCAGGAUUCUGGGGAAUGAUAAAGAGUGUUACCACUUCAGCCCCAGGAAGUGAAAAUCUUACUCUUAUUCAACAGGAAGUGGAUGCUUUGGAAGAACUAAGCAGGCAGCUUUUUCUGGAAACGGCUGAUCUAUAUGCUACCAAGGAGAGAAUAGAAUACUCCAAAACUUUCAAGGGGAAAUAUUUUAAUUUUCUGGGUUACUUUUUCUCUAUUUACUGUGUUUGGAAAAUUUUCAUGGCAACCAUUAAUAUCGUUUUUGACCGAGUUGGGAAAACUGAUCCAGUCACAAGAGGCAUUGAGAUCACUGUGAAUUAUCUGGGGAUCCAAUUUGAUGUGAAGUUCUGGUCCCAACACAUUUCUUUCAUUCUGGUUGGAAUAAUCAUUGUCACGUCUAUCAGAGGACUGCUGAUCACUCUUACCAAGUUCUUUUAUGCCAUAUCCAGCAGUAAGUCCUCCAAUGUCAUUGUCCUGCUAUUAGCACAGAUAAUGGGCAUGUACUUCGUCUCUUCUGUGCUGCUGAUCCGAAUGAGCAUGCCUCUGGAGUACCGCACCAUAGUCACCGAAGUCCUUGGAGAGCUACAGUUCAACUUCUAUCACCGGUGGUUUGAUGUCAUCUUCCUGGUCAGUGCUCUCUCCAGCAUACUCUUCCUCUAUUUGGCCCACAAACAGGCACCAGAGAAGCAUAUGGCACCUUGAACUCAUGCCUAUUACAGACUGCUACAGGCCAGUGGUGUCAGAAUUUGGAUAUAAGAGGGAAAAAAUGGAGGGGACCAGGGCCUAACAUUUUUUAAACAAACAAAAUGCUGUGGUAGCAUAUUCUACCUCCAGCUCACACCUUCCUCCUCAGAUGAUACUGUGAUCAUGAGUAGCAUCAGCUACUCAUGAUCACAGAAAUGAGAGAGAGAAGUAACUCAAGCUAGUACUCAGCCAAGAGCACCCUGUUUGGGUUUGAGGCUGGUGCAGUAUGCUGGGUGGUGGGACUGGACAGAGCCAAGAAACUAAGGGGAGAAAAUACACUGGAAUUCUGGGCUAAGCGAGAUCUAAGGUAGCUGGGCCAAACACGAGAUUCUGUUCAAGUCAAGGAUCACAUGGAGAAGGUUAUGACGUUCCCUUGAGAUUGACUAUCAUUAAAAUCAGAGAUUGUUAACA